AUGACCUUCGGCUCCACGUGUUCUCCGUCCUGUGCUCAAGCAGCGAAAAAUUCGAAUGCAGAUGAUUUUCAAGAACGCUAUCCAGAGGCAGCGUAUGUUAUAACUAACCAACAUUACGUUGACGAUUGCGUUGAGAGUUUCGACAACACUGCAACCGCGAUAAAGGUGAUAAACGAAGUCAUAUCAAUUCAUGAAAGGGGUGGAUUCCACAUAAGGAACUUCAUUUCUAACAGCAACACGCUGCUACGAGGAUUGCCGUCCGAUAGGGUUUUGACAAGUGAAGUAAAACUCUUUAAUGGAAAAGACGACCAAACAGAAAAGGUGCUUGGAGUGUACUGGAACACGAACACCGACACCAUAGGAUACAUGGUAAACAUGAAUAAAUUGGAAGCAGAAGUGUUGCAAAAUCUAAGACGGCCCACAUGGCGCGAAGUAAUGGCAUUUGUAUUGAGUGUUUACGAUCCUCUCGGACUGAUCGCUCACAUUACCAUACAAGGGAAAACAAUACUACAAGAGGUACACAAAACCACCACUAAUUGGGACGAGGAAAUUCCCCACACACGACUUCCUGCGUGGAACUCUUGGUUAGAGAAACUAAAACAGGCAGAAAAUAUAAGCAUUCCUAGGUACGUCCAGGUAGACAACGCAGUACAUACCGAGCUUCAUGUUUUUGUCGACGCUUCUGAGCUCGCAUACAGUGCCUGUGUAUAUAUAAAAAGUGUAGGCACUAGCACCAAAAUCAGUCUGCUAACGGCUAAAUCACGCGUCGCUCCCAUAAAGGCACUCUCUAUACCUCGUCUCGAACUACAGGCUGCGGUCCUAGGAACAAGAUUGCUCGACACGGUCAAACGUGAGCUAAGAAUAUCAAUAAAUCGAAGCGUUCUGUGGAGCGACUCCCAGACAGUAUUAUCGUGGAUUCAAUCCAAUCAUAGAGAUUACAAGGUAUUCGUAGCUCACAGGGUUGGAGAAAUAUUAAGCUCAACGACUACGGACCAGUGGAGAUACGUGCCCACGAAACUAAAUCCAGCAGACGCCGCUACUAAACCCUCGUCAGGAAAUACAAACUGGUUAAGUGGACCACAGUUUUUGAACGACCCUGAGAAAAUGUGGCCCCAACAAAUGACACGGAAACGAACCAAUGAGGAGAUAAGAAAUUUCAUACUCUUGCAUACCAAUCCCGUCACGCAUUGGUUCUUCCGUGAAAACUAUUAUAGCUCAUGGUGGAGAUUACUGUCUCACCUAUGUAUACUGAAUAGAGUAGCCGAGAAAUAUUGGUUUAAAAAAUUAGGACGCCCUCUACCUUCGUCCUGGAUAACUGUUGAGGACAGAACAUCGGUCGAAAACGCCUUAUAUCGAAAGGCGCAAUGGGAUUCAUUUCCUGACGAAAUGGCAUGCCUUCUGAGAGGACGCCUUAUUCCUCAAACUAGUAAAUUAGCACCGCUAAUGCCAUAUCUCGACGAUUACGGCGUAAUAAGGUCCAGAAGCCGUUUAGUCUACGGCUCCGAGUUACUUGAAACCAUGAGGAAACCGAUUAUCUUACCGCCCACCCAUAGAAUUACACAGCUACUGGUGCGGGACGCGCACGAGCGGUAUCAUCACACAGCGUUCAACGUAGUCAUGGGCGUACUACAAGAAAGGUACCAUAUAACGCGCCUUAGAGGUGUACUAAAUAACGUUCUUAAGAAAUGCCAACAAUGCGCGAACCAACGAGCCCAACCUCAGGCACCAGAGAUGGCGCCCCUCCCAGACAGCCGAAUAACACCACAUCUACCAACCUUUACGCAUUGCGGUGUGGACUAUUUUGGCCCAUAUGAAGUAGCUAUACGGAGGAAAUCCAUCGAAAAACGGUGGGGUGUAAUCUUCACUUGUUUGGCCUCCAGAGCAGUGCAUAUAGAAAUGGUCGAGAAGCUAGACUCAGACUGCUUCAUCCGCUGCUUCCAGGAUUUCACCAGCAGAAGGGGACAAGUAACACACUUGUACAGCGACAACGGGACGAACUUCGUAGGCGCCGAGAAAGAAAUGAAAAUUCAGCUGGAUAAAAUUAACGUCAAACUGGGACCACUCGAAGCCGCGAAACUCAAAAUUAAAUGGACGUUCAAUCCACCCAAUGCACCACACUUUGGUGGAGCAUGGGAAAGACUUAUCGGAAUUAUUAAGAACGCAUUAAAACACAUGCUUACAUAUUGGGUGAACAGACCCUCACCUGAGGUGUUGAGAUCAGCUUUAAUACGAGCUGAAUUUAUCCUAAAUUCGAGACCUCUCACCGAUAUUCCGAUCAACGAGACAGAAGAAGGUCCCCUAACGCCGUUCCACUUCCUACUGGGCCGGCCGGGCGAAAGUACGCCCCCAUAUGACAUAGAACCGUCGCCGUACACCGCAAAAACUUACGUAAAAAUCCAACAAGCUGCGAAGUAUUUUUGGGAUAGAUGGAAAAAUGAGUACCUACCAACUCAAAUCAAAAGGUCAAAAUGGACCAAGGACGUUAUUCCAUUGAAGGUAGACGACAUCGUCGUGACCGCCCUCGACAAUAAGAUAACCGGAAGGUGGCUCAAGGGUCGGGUUACAGAGGUAUUCACCGGAAAAGAUAACAGGGUACGAUCUGUUAAGAUCAACACAAUACAGGGAGACUUCACACGCCCGGUAGUAAAAGUCGCCAAAUUGGACCUGGAACCUAAGGAUCUGGACGCGCAAGAAUCCACAGACGAUUUGGCACUUAAGGAACGCCUUCGUAUCAAGGAUCGACGAACAAUACCAGAACCGACAGCGCAUGCAUCAAACACCAGACGUGUUAGUAAAAGACAGCAGAUACUCGCCGACGCAUCCGUCAAUUUCGGGAAAAGGAGAUCUCUGGACAUCGACCGAAUUCAGGAAUUAGCCAGGAAAGUCAACGUCACCACGAAGAAAAGGCGUAAAACAGGAACCUUUAUCCCAAUAAAACCUAAAAUACAGAAGAAGCUUUAA